AUGUCCACCUGGCGCGACGUAUUCCGGCAAAUUGACUCCAGGACGAUUCCAUGGGCUCAUGAACCUGGAUAUCCACGAAACCGUCCCAUUAAAAGUCAAUCCAUCUCCACAUACGACGUCAAGACUAGCGCUAAAUGGCUGUUCACUCUUGACCCCCUGGUUUGCAAGGAUGAUCCCUUCAAGUGGGGAAUCAAGAUCCAAGGUUGGGUCGGCGACGACGUAGACGAUCAAAUCGGGUGUCUUCAAGAGUUUCUGGACGCACCGUGCCCAAAGGAGAUCACAGACCAUGUGGCCGAGCGGCUGAUGGCCUGGCAACGGCUUGAGGCGGAUGGACAUUACCUUAUCAACGAGGCCGAGCUUCAACACCAGAUCAACAACGACUAUACCCGGGUCCUGCAGGUGUUCCUUGGUCAGCCGGGCAUUCGACAGCUCUUUGCGUGGUCAGACAUGUCAUCAGACCUCCCAGCCCUCCGUCCCCAGUCUACCGUUCAAUUCCCAGUCCGCAAACGAGACAAGAGUGGGAAAUACAAUACCAAUGACAAUGGCGACCCGUCAACAGGCCUCCUGAACAUCAUCCCUGACCUGCCAAUCAUCUUCCGGCCUCCACGGACCCAACUCUACUCGACACAGUUUAAUGUCGCUCAAGCCAGUGAAAUCAAACCCAUUCGCACAGCCCACGACCAGAUGUUGGAGUCGGUUUCCCGCUUUGCGAAGGAGGAGGGUGUGGCCAUGGCCUAUCUCCAUACAAGCGGGAAAGUCUCGUUUCUCAUCGACGAGCGCUUUAGCGGCUUGCCCUACCUUGAGGAAGCCCUAGUUCACAUCAUGGGUUGUGGUGGCUACAGUGUCCCACUGGCUCUCCCUGGUGUCCCUCUAUACAACGGAAACGCUGCAUUCGUCGCCGGACAUUCUUCUCUUGAUCCCACUGCCCGCCUCUUCGUUACUCCGCCCUGUGGAUGGAAGCGCGAGGGUCGAGCCGAGUAUAGGGAUGGGACAAGUAACGUCUCGCAUCUGGAGAUCAUGCUUGGGCUCAUGGCCCACAACCUUUCCCAGCAUCCAGUGCGCGGCCCCGGAACUGCUCAGCACAGUUUUGAAUACGAGGAACUGUACGAUAGCAGUGUUUUUCGCUACCGACUUGAGGGGGACGCAGGUGUCGACCACUAUGGUGACAGGUAUGAGGACUUCGAUAUGACCGAGGAGGACCCAGACACAGCCUCCGACUACCCACUUGACCUCGAUUUCUUGUUUAACAGGGCAUUUGAGAGCGGAGGUCAAAGGCAGCAGUCCUCCAGCCAAGAAAUGACCUGGAAUGCCUAUGACCCGUUUUGGCACACUGCGCAAGACCUCACGAUGCAGCUGUUGCGAAGGGCAGAGCAGAGGAACGGUGAACAGUUGUAG